CAUUAGUAGACCUAAUUCAGCUCUGACAGGCUGAAUUUUAUCCUUCAAACUUGGAUUGUCCUUCAAAAAAUUUCAAGGGAACUCUGAUCAAGUUUUUACUCCAUUUGCACUCCUUGAAGUCUUCCAACACCAAUUAAGGACUUCCCCUGUUAUAUCACCAACAGCCAGACGUUGGUACCAGCGGAAAACAAAAACUUUUUUCAAUUCUCCAAACACUCCCUGGGGCCAACGUCUGGCUGUUGGUGAUGUAACAGGGGAAGUUUUUGUUGCAUGUAGAAGUGUUUUGCGAUAGGGUAAAAUUUUCGUUGAUUCUCUUUGAAUAACAUUGGUAUUUAUAAGGAUCCAAGGGAGUGUUUUGAGAUUUGAGUAACCUUAGUAUUUAUAAGGAUCCAAUUCCUUUCCUAAAUUACCGUUUUAUUAUUAUUAUUAUUUGCAAUAGGGUAAAAUUUUCAUUGAAUCUGGGGGGUAAAUAAGAAUGAAAAGACAAAGAAAAUGUGUUGUCCAUAUAAAAGGUGUGAGAUAUUUUGAAAUUUAUCUGUUUUGUCCUCACCCGUCCUGCAUGUUAUCAACACUAUCUUCUUUCUUGCAAACUGAAAGCUCACAAAAAUACCAAACUGGAAGCUCCUCCUCCACCUCCAACCAUUCAUGUUGAUUGUUGAAUGUGCCAUCAGUUAUAUUUUCAUUGGGCCAAGAAUCUGUAGUAAGAGUAAUUUCAGAUGGAAAACCAAGAGUUCCAUUGGUGGUGGAGCUGUCGAGAAGAGCAAGCGUGACGGCCUGUAUAUUGACAAACGUGGAAAAUUCAGAAGCUUCAACAACAAGAAAAUGUCUAGGAAACGAUGUGGUUCUCUAAGGGGGCGAGGAUGGAAAUAUGGAUCCGGGUUUGUUGAUGGAGUUUUCCCAGUGAUGAGCCCCACUGGUCAGAAGAUUCUGGACCUUGUACAGAAGGAAGUUGAUAAAAGCAGUAUUUGGGAAAUUCUUGAUACACUUCCAGCCUCUCAUACCAUAUGGGAUGAUAUCAUUAAUGUCGCUGUUCAACUUCGUCUCAAUAAACAGUGGGGCUCCAUUAUCUUGAUAUGUGAGUGGAUAUUGUACAAGAGCUCCUUCAAGCCAGAUGUCAUCUGCUACAAUUUGCUGCUAGAUGCUUAUGGGCAGAAAUCGCAACAUAAAGCGGCAGAAUCAACAUAUUUAGAACUUCUUGAAGCUCGAUGCAUCCCCACUGAAGACACUUAUGCCCUUCUUCUGAGGGCCUACUGCAAGUCUGGAUUGCUAGAUAAGGCUGAAGCCGUCUUUGGUGAAAUGAGAAAGUAUGGUCUUCCUCCAAGUGCAAUCGUGUUCGAUGCUUAUAUUAAUGGGUUAAUAAAAGGAGGAAACCCUCAAAAAGCACUAGAGAUCUUUCAGAGGAUGAAAAGAGAUCAAUGCCAACCAUCUACUGACACAUAUACGACGUUAAUCAAUUUAUAUGGAAAGGAAAGAAAAUCCUACAUGGCCUUAAAGCUGUUUCACGAAAUGAGAAGUCAGAAAUGUAAACCCAACAUAUGCACGUAUACUGCUUUGGUAAAUGCAUUUGCUAGGGAAGGACUUUGUGAGAAAGCAGAAGAAAUAUUUGAGCAGAUGCAAGAAGCAGGACACGAGCCUGACGUUUAUGCUUAUAAUGCACUUAUGGAAGCUUACAGUCGUGCAGGGUUUCCUUAUGGGGCUGCAGAAAUUUUCUCUCUCAUGCAGCACAUGGGAUGUGAACCCGAUAGAGCUUCAUAUAAUAUCAUGGUAGAUGCAUAUGGGAGAGCUGGUCUUCAUGAAGAUGCAGAAGUUGCAUUUGAAGAGAUGAAGCGAUUAGGAAUAACCCCAACAGUGAAAUCCCAUAUGCUGCUUUUAUCUGCCUACUCCAAAGCUGGCAAUGUAACAAAAUGUGAGGACAUUGUGAACCAGAUGCAAAAGUCCGGGCUGGAGCUAGACACCUUUGUCAUUAACAGUAUGUUAAACCUGUAUGGCCGGUUAGGUCAGUUAAAAAAGAUGGAGGAAGUUUUGACUGCAAUGGAAAAAGGACCAUAUGCAGCUGAUAUCAGUACAUACAACAUCUUGAUUAACAUAUAUGGACGGGCAGGGUUUUUCGAGAAGAUGGAAGAGCUCUUUCAAUCACUUCCAACCAAAAACUUAAAACCUGAUGUUGUGACUUGGACUUCUCGUCUUGGAGCAUACUCUAGAAAGAAACUAUACAAAAGAUGCUUGGAAAUUUUUGAAGAAAUGAUUGAUGCUGGUUGCUACCCAGAUGGUGGAACUGCCAAAGUACUUCUUGGAGCAUGUUCAAGUGAAGAUCAAACCGAGCAGGUUAGUACUGUUAUUAGAACGAUGCACAAGGAUAUCGGGACUGUUUUACCUAUCUGAUGGAUGGAUUUUAUUAAUUUUGAUCAUAAAGAUAGAUAUUCUAUAUAUAUGCAGCAAACGAGUUUCCCCA